GCAAGCGGGGUCCCCCGCAGCGCUCCCUCCCUCUCUCUCUCUCUCUCUCUCCACCACCACAACUACUCUCUGACCGAGUGACCGUCGUCGACUUGCCGGAAGCGGGGGGAGGGCUGGCGACGGGGGCUUGCCGACUAGCGCUUGAUCGGAAGGUUCUGCUUCGUUUGUCGACAAAGUUUUGUCGCGUGCGAGUUCAUGGAGCAGUAUGAAAAAGUUGAGAAGAUUGGGGAAGGAACCUAUGGUGUUGUGUAUAGGGCCCGUGAUCGUUUGACUAACACAACAAUUGCUCUUAAGAAGAUCCGUCUUGAGCAGGAAGAUGAGGGUGUGCCUAGCACAGCAUUACGGGAGAUUUCCCUGCUCAAAGAAUUGCAGCAUGGCAAUGUUGUCAGGUUGCAAGAUGUUGUGCACAGUGAAAAGCGCUUGUACUUAGUCUUUGAGUAUCUUGACCUGGACCUCAAAAAGCACAUGGAUUCCUGCCCAGAACUUGCUAAGAAUCCCCAAUUGAUAAAAAUAUUCCUCUAUCAGAUGCUUCGUGGGAUUGCUUACUGCCAUUCUCGUAGGAUUCUUCACAGGGAUCUGAAACCACAAAAUUUGCUGAUAGAUCGUAGUACUAAUGCUUUAAAGCUUGCCGAUUUUGGCCUGGCUAGGGCCUUUGGUAUCCCAGUGAGGACAUAUACUCAUGAGGUCGUGACAUUAUGGUACAGGGCACCAGAAAUCCUGCUUGGAUCACACCAUUACUCAACACCAGUUGAUGUUUGGUCCGUAGGGUGCAUCUUUGCAGAGAUGGUGAACCACCGACCACUAUUCCCUGGUGAUUCUGAGAUUGAUGAGCUCUUCAAAAUAUUCAGAGUCCUGGGUACCCCUACUGAGGAAACUUGGCCUGGGGUGACAUCACUGCCUGACUACAAGUCAUCAUUUCCAAAGUGGGCUCCUAAGGAUAUGGCAACGUUAGUUCCUGGUCUUGAUCCGGUGGGCGUUGAUCUUCUCAAGAAAAUGCUUUGCUUGGAACCAAGUAAAAGAAUCACAGCGCGCAGUGCCCUUGAGCACGAGUACUUCCAGGACUUGGAGGCCGUACCAUGAAUGACUUGUAUAUUGAGCUAGAGUACAGACGACUGGAUAGCUGCUCAUGCAGAAAGUGUGUGAAGUUGUGUUUGCCUCGUGUAUGUUCAUGUUAUUUUUCUUGUUUGUAUGGAUUCUGAGAGCUGGUGAUCGAGUUUUGGGUUCAAUUCAAAGUUCUGAAAAGUUUUUUUUCCUUUA